CUGAUUCCUUGUCCCUGAUUGGAAGCAGCUUUUGAAUCGGUCUUCGCGCUUUGGAGUAACGACCGGUUCCUGGCUUUGUAAAACGGAUCAGAAACACCUUUGCUUAUUCCAGCAUUUUAUAGAUAUUUAUCCUAGGACGAUAUACGAUGCAGUUUAGGAAUCAAAACAAUGAUAAAAUGCGCAAUAAGCCAGUUAAAGGUUAUGAACCAUUAGCACAACACACAACUGAAAUAAGCAAUUAAAACAAUAAAGGGAAAACAACCGCCCUCUUAAUGCUGUUUCUCAGUACAUAGCAUUAAAAAUGCCCCAAGGAUUAAAAAAUGGAUUAGCCUGAUACUUGAUAAAAAGGGGGGUGCCUUAAGGAAGCAUCUUCACAAUAAAGUCUCAGCUGUCGGUGCUCUGAGAGGAGCUGCUGUGGGAAAUCUUAGUGCCUGGGCAAGUUGAUAGGGGAGAAAGUGGUCUUUAGGGUGCCCCAUCCCAAGCUGUGAAAGACUAUAAACAUAGCUGUCAACUUUUCCCUUUUCUUGCGAGGAAUCAUAUUCAGAAUAAGAGAAUUUCCCUUAAAAAGAAGGGAAAAGUUGACAGCUAUGACUAUAAAGGUCAAAAGCAGCAUCUUGAAUUGGACAAAAUAUCAAGAGGUUGAAUGCUAUCACCUGAGGACUGAACCGAGACAAAGGAUUGUAGCAUGUUAUAUGGGCACAGCCCCUGUUAUUUUCAAUGGAGCUUUCUCAGGAGAUGUUCUGCAUGCUCUAUAUUUAACCUUCUCUGCAUUUGGGCCGCUCUAUUCCGUGAGGGUUCACCAAAAUGCUCCAGUCGCUGGGCCUGGCUAUUAUGCCCUUGUGAAGUUCUACUCUGCGAGAGAUGCCAGCAAGGCUCAAUGUGCUUGUAACCAGCGGCCCCUGUUUCAGAAAUCCCCUUUGAAGGUUUGCAUCUGUACAAGACAGCGGCCCUUUUCACAGCAAGGCUUGGGUCUGAGCAGCUACAGAUGCCGGGAAUUAGCCAAUCACUUCCUUGGUUUCAACAGCUGGUCCAGUCGUAUCAUCACGCUCCAGAACAUAUCUGGUUUUGAAGACGAGGAGAAUGACGUGGAAGAAGUGAGGACAUUGCCCAGGAGCAGGAAUGCCAAAUAUCUGUGUAUCCAAGAAUUAACCUUCCCCCGAUAUGGGAUCCGCACCAGAGGGAUUGGUCUGGCUGAGCUUAAUGUAGAUCCCAGCCAAGAGUUUCUCCUGGCCGCGAACAACAUCCAGAAGCUUGCCGUGCAUCGAGCCCUCUCAGAUGCAUUUCAGAAGAUUCUCAUUAUAGUUCUAGAGAAUGGGAAGGUAGCUGUGGAGUACAGCUGUCCCCAGGAAGACCACGUUGACCUUUUAACAGAAGAGGAACUCAAAGGUCUCAUCCAGGUGACUGAAUUAUCACUCUCACAGUUAAGUCCUGUAGAGGAAGAGGAGAUCUCUUGAUUUUAGCAUGCAUUGAAAAUAGCACCUGGUGCUCACAGUAAUGCCUUUAAAGGAGGAUAUUUUACACCUGUUGAGUCCUUCUCUCUGCUUUGAAAGGGCAACUGCCGCAUCUGCAGCUCGUGACAUUAUUGGAAGUCCCAUUUUGUUGUUUGCCGUGGUUGCAGAUGAUGAUUUCCAUAAAUUGACACCUGCCUAUCAAACGAUUGCCUGUAAUUGCCUAUUUAUUUUUAGCGAAGUGGGGUGAUUCCCUCCUCACCAAUUUAGUCUCUUUUUUUCCUAAUAAAUUGGUUCCUGAAAAAAAUUAUCUGUUAUGUUUCUUUCAUUCAAAGGUGAGUAUUUGUCCUCAGUACAGUGGUACCUCGGGUUACAUUCGCUUCAGGUUACGUACGCUUCAGGUUACAGACUCCGCUAACCCAG